AUGACUUCUCAAAUCGACCUCGUCGCCAUCAUCUCGCCCAAACCCGGCAAAACAGAUAGAGUCGUAGAGCUGCUCCAAGAAGUAGCAGAAUACAUCAAGAACAACGAGCAUGGGACUCUCAUAUACAACAUUACUCGGUCUUUCAACAAGCAAGCUGGUGUAGAGGAAGUAAUCAUGAUUGAAAGUUAUAAAGACAAAGCUGCAUUGCUUGCCCAUGGAAGCUCAAAAGAAUUCACGGCUUUCCAGAAGAAGAUACAAGAGGAGGGUUUAGUGAGCGCACCGAUGCAAUUGAAGAUUACAAAACCGGCUGGCGGGUUUUCCAGGCUUUAA